AUUAUUUUAUUCAUCACUCACGAAUCUCACUCUCCCAAAUCUCUCUCUCUCUCUCUAUAUAUAUAUAUAAACACACAUGGUUUCCAACACUCCAUUUGCAUUCCCAAUUUUCCUCCAUUAAAUCAACACCUACACCAAAUCCUCAUCCAAUUAUCCAAUGGAAGGCGUUUCCGCCACCGUCUACCGAGGAAUCAGAGGCUACUGGCGCCGCAAGGGCUACCAGCGCAUCGCCGGCGCCGGCCACAAGCGGAAGACGCGAGUCAUCGAGCUAGGCGAUUCCGGCGCGGCGCCGCGGCGGAGGUCGUGGCGCAUCAAGCUGACGCCGCGGCUGAAGCUGAAGCUCCGAUUUUCGCCGAAGAAGCUGCUGCUAGGGCUGCGGGACGCGUACGUCGGCAUGAUGAUGAAGAUCGCGAACACGAGGAUGAUCGGGAGCGGAUUCGGCGGCGGAUUCCCCGGCGACGGCGUGACCGGAUUCGGUGCGCGGCCGAUCAAGGAGUACGACGAGAGGAUGAUUGUCGAGAUCUACAAAUCGAUUGUGAUGGCGCAGGGGCAAUUGGUACCUCGCGACGCCGCCUGGAUUGGCUCUAAAAUUACCUCUCGACAGUAACUUUUUCCUCUUUUUUUUUGUAAUUUCUAGUGUGAAUUUUUUUCGCGAGCUGUGAUGUCUAUAUUUUAUUCCGAUUUAAGUUGAGAAAUGAUAAUCUCAAGUUCAAGUUCAUCUUUAA